UAGAGAGCAGAGGCCAUUCACUCUGACACACAAACACACACUCACAUGCAAACACACACAUGAACUCUUUUAGACACACACACACACACACACACACGCAGGCAGUGGAUGUGUUGCCACAGGAGAGAAGGAGGAAGAAAAGCAUUCAGAAAGAGAGGCAGACAGAGGAGAUCCAACAGAAGUGAGAGGAAAGCCAGAGGAGUGUGUCGGUGUGUGUUUUCAGGGGAAAACGCAGCCUGUGAGUGUAUGUUCCCGUGUGUGUUUUAGAGGAGAAGGAGAAGGACGACUUGCACGUUAGCUCUCAGGAGAAGGAGAGGAUUCACAAUGACUGGGAGAAUUUUGGAUUUUUUUUCCAGAUUUUGCUAGGAAUACUCUUUGGAAUACUCUGGAUAUGUGACGUGCUCAGGAAAUCCCAUUUUCCUGUAAACCUGCUCCUCACUUUUUUUUUGUUUUUUUAAAUAUACUCUUUAAUUUACUCUUAAUUCCUAUUGAAGAAGAGCCAAGCCACAAUGCCUACUGACGAUUAUAACUACCUGCCUGAUGCAUUGCCUCCUCUUCCUGAAGUCCCGGACUCCGGCUCAGUCCUGAGCUCCGUUGACAUACCAGCCCGCUGCCUCCGCAAUCCGGCCUUCCGUCACGCAUCCUCGCGCUACUGCUCAGCCCUCAGCAUGGACUCCUCACCUGACAGCGCAGAAAGGCCGAUCAGCUACAGCUCCACCUCUUCCUCCGCUUCCUCCCGGGACAGUCACUGCUCGCUGGGCAGCCGCUCCACUCUUGUGGCUGCCCCUCACUGUAACCCAGUGACCUCAGACCAGGACUCUGGAGCGAUUCGCUUGGAACUGGUACCAGCCCGUCAGCUGGGUUGCCGGGAGGAAGAUGACAGAAACGAUGGAGGGAUGAACACAGGGAGUGGACAAGGGAGACAAGGCCGUGGACAGACUGUGACAGAACAUUCAGAGCCUGAGCUGGGCCCAGAUGCAGGAGAGCGGACAGGUCAGGUGCAGGGACCCAGGACAUAUGUGGACCGGGUGGUGCAGGAGAUACUGGACACAGAGAGAACCUACGUCCAGGACCUGCGUAGCAUCGUGGAGGACUACUUUGAGUGUAUCAGUAACCAGUCUCGGCUGGCUUUGAGCUCUGAAGAUAAAGGCUCACUGUUCGGCAACAUCCAGGACAUCUAUCACUUUAACAGAGACCUUCUUCAUGAUCUUGAGAAGUGCAACGCUGACCCUGUGGCCAUCGCGGAGUGCUUUGUUUCCAAGAGUGAAGAAUUCCACAUUUACACUCAGUACUGCACCAACUACCCACGGUCGGUGGCUGUGUUAACAGAGUGCAUGAGGAACAAGGUGUUGGCCAAGUUUUUCCGUGAGCGCCAAGAAUCUCUGAGGCACUCCUUGCCCCUCGGGUCCUACCUGCUCAAGCCGGUGCAGAGGAUCCUGAAGUACCACCUACUGCUGCACGAGAUAGCCAACCACAUGGAGAAGGACACGGAGACUUACGAGGUUGUGCAGGAAGCCAUAGACACCAUGCAGAGAGUGGCCUGGCACAUCAACGACAUGAAGAGGAAACACGAGCAUGCUGUUAGGUUGCAGGAAAUCCAGAGCCUGCUGACCAACUGGAAGGGCCCUGACCUGAUUGGCUACGGAGAGCUGGUUCUUGAAGGAACAUUUCGUCUGCAGCGAGCCAAAAAUGAGAGAACCCUCUUCCUGUUCGACAAGCUUCUGCUCAUUACUAAGAAACGAGAAGAAACCUACACAUACAAGGCUCAUAUACUGUGCUGCAACCUGAUGCUGGUGGAAGUUAUUCCUAAGGAACCAUUGAGUUUCAGUGUGUUUCAUUACAAGAAUCCCAAACUUCAGCACACAGUCCAGGCCAAAUCACAGCAAGACAAACGCAUGUGGAUCUUACACCUCAAGAGACUUAUACUUGAAAACCAUCCAGCCAAAAUCCCUGCCAAGGCGAAGCAAGCAAUUUUGGAGAUGGAUGCAAUGCAUCACCCUGGGUUUCAUUACAGCCCUGAUGGAGACAAGAAAGACUCCCCUCAAACCAAGGAUGGUCCUACUCCUCGUAGAGGACGCAGGAAAGAACCUCUGUCCAAAUUACUGAAGAAUGCCAAGCAAAACGCUGCCAACGCAGAUGGCGUAAAGCGUACAAGUCUGGGUGUCACCCUGCUCUCACCAGUGUCCCAGCUGGCUUUGGGCACUAUUGGUCGUAGCCGCAGCCUCAUCAACCAAUCACAGGAGUCCCUGGACCCUGGUGAUCACUAUGACCACAGUGACAGGGAAGAGGAGCCACAUCAGCAAGAUGCUGAUGAUGAAGAUGACAGUGGCCUGGGAGGUGGAAAGCGGCUGCAAGUCCCUGGCAAAGGCAGUAGGAAGAGGCUUAAUCCUCAGGCAUCUGUCGAUAGUAUAGAACAGUGGAAAUCCUUCAACAUGAGCGCUUCAGACCUACAGAGAGCCAGAGAAUCCCUGGUUAGGGAAGGCAGUCACCACCCACCGCUUCUCAGGACACCUCAUGUGACUGAGGAACCUCCAGAGACACCCAUUCCUUCAGUAAUAGUCACAGAAAGUGACCAUUCUGUGAGGAAUAUCUGGGCAGACCACCGGGCUCGCAGGGCCAUGUUUCCCACCCGCCAGAGAACCAUGCAGCCUGAUGAUGAGGAUGAGGACAUCUACCAGAUGUUUGUCCCCACGGAGCCAAGUGGACCAGAGCCAGAAGUGCCCUCAGAGAGGCCAGGGGCCACCACAUCGCCCAAGACAGCUCGGCCCUGCAGCUGGCAUGUUGAACAGGUACCCACUGUGCAGAUUGACCCUCCAUCCAAUGGGAGCAGAGUCCUGCGGAGGGCGAGCAGCGCAGGGGAAAAGGCCACAGAGGCUCCACAGAGUCCUGAUGAUGACCUGCCAGGUCAUAGUAACUUGGAAGUGAUCCACACUGAAUCAUCCAGCAAUGACAUAUCUGGAUCAUCCUCAGCAGAGCAGCUGACAAUAGACGAUAUUGAAAAUGUGUAUGAUAACAUCAGCUACGAGGACCUGAAGAGCAUGGGACUUGUCAGAAGAGACCCUGAGGACAGCCAGCUACGGAAAGAAACAUCUACAGAUACACAGGCUUCCUUGGGCAAAGCAGAAAGGGUAUGUGCUCCAGAGGUUCUAAGGGUCACAGAGCCUAUGACUGAACCGGAGAGUUUCUCGGAUAGCAACAGAUCCUCCACACAGGAGGGGAGGCCAUUUGGGACUUGUGACCUCAAGAUAGUGGAGGAAAACAUCUAUGACACCAUCUGUUUCAGGGAGCCCCCAUCAACUGAGCUUAAAGGGAUGAAUGAAGGCAACAAAGCAAAACAAGAGAGAGACAGUCUGUUGGCCUCUGAACAAGACCUGACUGAAAGCCUGAGAGGGUUUGUAUCUGAGGAGAGCCUCCACUUUGGAGAGGAUGAAGGACCAGAUACCUCCCAUCCUGGCCCAUGUUCCUCUGAGCCAGAUUAUUCCUCCUCCUCUGCCUCUGAGACCCUCUCUCACCGCUCGCAGAAAGGGGAUAAAAUGUCAGAGCAGGUUGACGAGAUCUGGAACGACCUGGAAAACUACAUUAAGAGCAAUGAGAAGAAAGCUGAUAGACUCCCCGCUGCCUUCCCAGUUAGUGCCAGCGAAUCACCUAAGAAGGCUUCCUCUGUCAAAAACAGCCCUACAAAGAGCCCCCUUGUAAUUAGUCCUCAAACAGCCAGCCCCCCAGCCAAGAGUCCCCCAGCACAUCAGCCUAGACCCCCACCUGUCACCUCCACACCAUCAUUUACCAUCCCAGUCAUCAACCUUCCUGACCUUCAAAGUGAAGAUGUUACUGCAGAAGAAAACCAUAGCCCUACUCCUGCAUCACGCCCCCUGCCUCUCACCCCAGAACCCCUCCCAGGCACAGUGAAGAACAUUCGUAAAAGACUGGCUCGCCUCAGCAGUGGCAGCUUCCGUCUGGAGGACGACGACUUGGUGGAGGUUCCUCAGCGAAACACACAUCAAAGGGAUAAUGCCGUCAAGGACCUCCAUAGCUUGUUUCCAGGAGAGCUGGCUGGUCUGGACUCACCGCUGGCCUCCUCUUCUUUCCUGCUGAGUGACUCUGUGGACUUCCCCCUGGAACUUAUGGAUAAAUCAAAGAGCCGAGUGUUUCUAAUGGCACGACAGUAUAGCCAGAAGAUUAAGAAAGCCAACCAGCUGCUCCGCAUGAGGAGCAUGGACCCUGGAGACUCUUGUAGUCGGGCCAGAGCAGAGAAGAAGCAAAAAGACCUGGCAGCCAUCUUAGAAGAAAAGAAACAAGGGGGAGCUGCCAUAGGUGCAAGGAUAGCAGAGUACUCCCAGCUCUAUGACCAGGUAAUGUUUAAGGAUCCAUCUGGUUCGGCUGGUCAGACCUCCGCUACCCGACAUCAGAUCCAUCCAGGGCUGCCAUCUUCUCCGUCCAUGCCUGAGACUUCCUUGGAGGAGGACUGGCUCCACUCCACUUACAGCAACGGAGAGCUGGCCAGCUACGUCUCCUCAUCCAGUGAGGUGGAGGAUGCUCAGACGUCUUCCACCCCACAUCGCAGACUUACCUCGUCCUGCUCCAUCCCUUCUCUCCAGACCUUCCCUCCCUCUCCGACUAGCCCACCUUCCCAGAGAUGGAGUAUGUCGGCACCAAGUGAAAAAGAGGAGCACGUGUACAGUUCCAUUAAGAGAAAUCCUUCCUUUAACUCUCCGACUUCACCAUCCUCAAAGUCUUCCCCAUCCAGUCACUGUCAGUCAGCCAGCUCGCUGGGCAACCAUCAGCAGGAGAAGAAGAAAUCUGGGCUCAAAUCUAAUGGACCCACUGUGGACCGAUCCACAGACAGACUCCAUGGCCCCAGUUUGGGUCGUGUUGGUCGGCAGAGUAGCCUCCCGGAGCGCUCCACCCAGGGACAGUCAGACCUCACUUUACACGACGGUCAACAGGUGGUGGUCCUGAACCGGGCUUCUGCUCUGAGCAUACUCAACGCCACCCAGAACUACCUGGCUAAUUUUAAGGACAAUGAGGAAGAUGAUGACGACUAUGUAGAGAUUCGCUCAGAGGACGAGAGCGAGCAGGAGAAGGACAGGUUGGCACGGCGAAAUGGCAGCUCGGCAGUCCUUUCCAAUCAGAACCAAGGUCUUGUCCACUCCCAGAGUCUGCCGUGCACCCCGGUGCGCUCCUGUGACCCCCUGAGGUCUCUGGACCGUGAACAGCUGGAGAAGUACCUGUGGAGCGAACAGCAGCAGAGCCAACCCAAAAUCGUCCAGUCUCUGAGGGAGAAGUUUCACUGUCUGAGCUCCAGUAGCUUUGCCUGAGUCUAUAUGACAACUAAAAGCCAAAUACAUACAAACAUACAGCAUAUAGCAACAAAAUGGAUACUUCCGCUUUGCCUUGAACAUCCUACAUCAUUCAGCAUAAAAAAACAAUUUAAAAAAAAUCUUAAAAAUAACUCACCUCUCAACAAAGAUCAGAAACAAAUUUCUUUGUUUGUGCAGAUGUGUUACAACUUACAUGAACACCUAAACUCUCUGUUACAGGGCUUCGAUGUAAUAGGUUAGACUAGUCAAAAUGCCACAUCCAAGCCUGCAUGUGAGCUGCCUUAGCACUUCCAGGUUCAGACUGUCCUCUUUUGUAUGUUUCAAAGAGAUCUGGCACUGAAAAGUCAUUAAGAAGUGGUCAAAACAUUUCAUUUCUAAAGGCUUUCAAUGUGACUGAAUGAAUUUAAUAGAAAUUAAACUCUUUGGAGCCUUUUGGAGAUAACUAUACUCAUAGGAAUUGAUUCUGCUGGAGGAAUUGUGCCAGUAAACUGCUGCACAGAGAAACAGAAUCUCUUCUGUGCCCUCAAACCGAAGUACUCGUAUCAAAAAUCUGAGGAUCUUUGAUGGAUCUUGACUCACCGUGUCAUGAGUACCUCUUAAAGCUCUUUCUUUCAUUUUGCUGUUAAGGUUAUUUUAACUGCAUUUUCAGCACUACUUAAUCUUAACCUGUAUAGGAGCGAUGAAUCACAGUGGCGGCUAGUGUUUUUAGUUUAGUGCUUACACUAUGAAAGAGACCUGAACAAGCAGCAGUUCAAAUUUGCAAUCUUCAGAUUUGCUACUCAGGCUAGACUGCCACUUUUAACAGCUUUUUAGCAUUAAUUGUAACGAAAGAAGAUGCAACUGUAAAGAAAACACUUUGGCUAUUACAAGAUCCGAUAAGUUAAGUAUAACUACUAGACUUAGACCUGUAAGUCUAUUUAAAGUUACUGCAUUUCACUCUGCCAACCACCAAUAGGGUAUCACGCUUUAAAAUCAAGAGAGGAUGCUGAUAUUUUAGAUAAUCUAUAAGGAACCAUAGGGCUUCAUAUUUAUUUUGAAUUUCUGAGUAAAUCAGAGAUGGUUUUUAUGUGUUAUGCUCUGGGGACAUCCAUGUAGAUUGAAAUGUGCAUCUCAACAAGUGGAUGAUAUUUGUGUGUGUCUUUUGUUUGUUUGUUUGUUUUGUUUAAAUCACACUAAUUUUAACCAUUGUUUUUAAGAGGGACCACGAAGGAGAGUAUCAAAGAGACAUAGUUAAAAGACUACAGUACUGUAUUUGUUUUUUUUGUUUUUUUUUUAAAUGAAUAGUCAGCUGUUUGUUUACUUUGUUUACGUUAUGGGACACUGUCACACUACUGAUACUGCAUCCAGGAAGGAUCACAGAAAAUCGUGGAAAGGACAUCACGGUCACAUGGUUAUCAGUCACUUUAAUAAAGUUCCCACAAUUGUUUUCUCUCCCCUUGAAGCAUACCCAGUCUUUAUCACAUUUUUCAAAAAUCACUAAAGGUGUCCUGUUUAUUUUAUGUCUGUUAUUUUGGCCCUUAUCACUAUUAUUAAUUCAAGCCACAGUCGAGUUGUAAAAUAAAGUAACAUGUAUUUAUUAAAAGGUGGUUUUAUUCAGAUUUAAGGGUGAAGACAAAAUUUGAAUUAAAUACUGUGAAUAUUUUCAGAAGUGGGUUUUCUAUCACGCACUGCUUAAUGCAAGUUCCAAAUCACAAUAACACAUGAAAUGUUGCAAAGCACAAUAUCAUGGCCUACUGUUCAUAUCAGGAAAUGUGCAGCAAAAGCAAGUUAGGAAUAUGAAGUAUUUUUUUUUUUCAUUGUACAUUUUAGUCCUCUGUUUCACUGGUGGGGAUUGUCAGUCUUCAUUGACUCUGUUUUGCACUUUUCUGUCUUUUAUACAUUUUAUUUGUAAACACUUUGUAAAGAUGUACAUUUUAGGAAAGUUAUUCUUGUAUGCCAUAGGAAUGCUUUAAUGCUUUAAUGUUUAAGUUAAGUGUACUGUAUUUUUUUAACUGCCUAGUUGUCAUUGCUCCACGAAACAAUGUAUUGGAGGUAAUAAAUUCAGAUUAAACUCA